AUGUUGCAUUCACUCAGUUGUCCCAGGCUCUGGUUGAUUUCUCUACCACUCCCCCAGUCUCCACCACCCCACCAGUCUCCACCAGCCCACCAGUCUCCACCAGUCUCCACCACACCACCAGUCUCCACCAGUCUCCACCACCCCACCAGUCUCCACCACACCACCAGUCUCCACCAGUCUCCACCACACCACCAGUCUCCACCAGUCUCCACCACACCACCAGUCUCCACCAGUCUCCACCACCCCACCAGUCUCCACCACCUCACCAGUCUCCACCACCCCACCAGUCUCCACCACCCCACCAGUCUCCACCACACCACCAGUCUCCACCAGUCUCCACCACCCCACCAGUCUCCACCACCUCACCAGUCUCCACCACCCCACCAGUCUCCACCACCCCACCAGUCUCCACUACCCCACCAGUCUCCACCACCCCACCAGUCUCCACCACACCACCAGUCUUCACCACACCACCAGUCUCCACCAGUCUCCACCACCCCACCAGUCUCCACCACCCCACCAGUCUCCACCAGUCUCCACCAGUCUCCACCACCUCACCAGUCUCCACCAGUCCCCACUAUCCCACCAGUCUCAACCACCCCAAGAGUCUCCACCAGUCUCCACCACCCCAGCAGUCUCCACCACCUCACCAGUCUCCACCAGUCUCCAACACCCCACCAGUCUCCACCACCCCACCAGUCUCCACCACCCCACCAGUCUCCACCACACCACCAGUCUUCACCAUUUCCACCACCCCACCAGUCUCCACCACCCCACCAGUCUCCACCACCCCACCAGUCUCCACCACCCCACCAGUCUCCACCACCCCACCAGUCUCCACCAGUCUCCACCACCCCACCAGUCUCCACCACUCCACCAGUCUCAACCACCCCACCAGUCUCCACCAGUCUCCACCACCCCACCAGUCUCCACCACCCCACCAGUCUCCACCAGUCUCCACCAGUCUCCACCACACCACCAGUCUCCACCAGUCUCCACCACACCACCAGUCUCCACCACCUCACCAGUCUCCACCAGUCUCCACCACCCCACCAGUCUCCACCACCCCACCAGUCUCCACCACCUCACCAGUCUCUACCACCCCACCAGUCUCCACUACCCCACUAG